GAAGGGUUUUGAUUAGGGUUUUAGCUUUUCCAGCACUUGUUCUUCACUGUUUCUUCGAAAUCACCGAUGUGGACUCUCCGUCGUGUUUCUGUUCCUCUCAGGACCCGAGGGUACAAUGUGAGAACUUCUUUUGUCAAAUUAGCUCGAACUAACUGUGUGGAAGAAGAGAGUGGUAUCACUGAGUCUCAUGGAAUAACAUACGGCGGAUUGUUGUUGUCGAAUAAGCGUUUUCAUUCAGAACAAGGUGCAUCACCGGAUUUUAAUGUGUGGAGACGCGGACUCUCUUCUAGUAGCACCAAAGAGGAUGAUGAUUUGGAGGAUGGGUUUUCCGAGCUGGACACACCUGCUGACGAUGAAAAUGAAAUUGGCAAUCUUUUAGCUUCUGCUGCCGGCCAAUCGGAUGACGAUAGUGAUGAGGAGAAUGUCGAGGAGCCUCACAACGAGGUCGAUGAGGUGGUCAAGGAGAAAGGAGAACCGCAUCGUGGAAGGGUUGAAUGUGAACUAUUCAAUGAGAUCUUGAAUGCGCCAGGUUUGUCUAUCGAUGUGGUUGUGGAUAACUGGUUAGCAGAAGGGAAUGAACUAACCAGAGAUGAAGUGUCCCAUGCCAUGCUUCUUCUUCGAAGGCGAAAGAUGUUUGGGAAAGCUCUGCAGCUCUCAGAGUGGCUCGAGUCAAAAAACCAGGUUGAGUUUCUUGAAAGAGAUUAUGCUAGUCGCAUUGAUUUAAUUGCCAAAACACGUAGCCUAACUAAGGCAGAGGCAUACCUUGAGACUAUUCCAGAAUCUUGUAGCAGAGAGAUGAUGUAUCGAACUUUAUUGUUGAACUGUGUUGGUCAGAACAAUGUGAAGAAAGCAGAGGAAGUUUUCAGUAAACUGAAGAAUUUGGACUUGCCUGUUACAGUAUUUGCAUGCAACCAGAUGUUACUUUUGUAUAAGAGGAAUGACCAGAAGAAAAUAGCUGAUGUGUUAUUAUUGAUGGAAACUGAGAAUAUCAAGCCUUCUUCUCUUACUUACUCAAUCUUAAUAGACACAAAAGGCCGGUACAGAGAUAUUGAUGGAAUGGAUCUAAUUGUUGAUAGAAUGAAAACAGAUGGCAUUGAACCAGACAUCAAAACACAGGCUGUUUUGGCUAGGCAUUACAUCUCAGCUGGGCUUCAAGAUAAAGCGGAAGCCUUAUUGAAGGAGAUGGAAGGUGAAAACUUAAAACAAGAUCGGUGGCGAUGGCAAAUUUUACUUCCCCUCUAUGCAAACCUUGGAAAGGUGGAUGAAGUGGAAAGAAUUUGGAAGUUCUGCGAGACAAAACCUCGGUAUGAUGAGUGUCUAGUGGCAAUUGAAGCCUGGGGAAAGUUGAAUAAAGUUGAUGAAGCAGAGAAUGUUUUUGAGACAAUGGUAAAGAAAUUUAAGCUUUCUUCCAGGAACAGCUCUGUACUACUGAAGGUUUAUGCAAAUCAUAAGAUGAUUACGAAGGGUAAGGAUCUUAUUAAGCGAAUGGGAGAGAGUGGGUGCCGAAUAGGCCCACCGACCUGGAAUGCUAUAGUGAAACUCUAUGUCCAAGCUGGGGAAGUGGCGAAGGCAGACUCUUUUCUUAAGAGGGCAGCCCAGCAGAGCCAGAUGAAGCCAAUAUUUUCCACUUACUUAUCUAUUUUGGAGCAAUAUGCUAAGAAGGGUGAUGUUCAUAAUUCAGAAAAGAUUUUUUAUAGAAUGAAAGAUUAUCAUUCUAGAGCAACGAUGUACCAAGUUUUAUUGAAUGCCUAUAUAAAUGCAAAGGUUCCCGCCUAUGGGAUUAGAGAUAGGUUAAGAGCUGAUAACAUAAAGCCCAAUAAAACUUUGGCAAACCAGUUGAUUCAAGUUGACGGAUUUAGGAAGAAUCCACUCUCCGGUUUGGUUGACUGAGGAAGCCAGCAGAUACCUAUGUAUUUUUGCAGACAUCUUAUGCUAUUGCGUAAUGGGGUAUUUGUCUUACAUAUUUCAAAUUUUGGUUGAAACUAACCUUUUGAAAGGUGCUUGAUUAUAGCAGUUGUGCUGUGUUAUUAAAGUCUUUUGGAACUUGAAUAGAUCCUGAUUUGCUACAUGUUUAGCAUAGGAGCGAUGGAGUAGCAGAAUUGUCCCAGCCCAGCUCGUUUUGAAUUCUAACCAAUUUUAUGAAUGUAAAUCGCACAUUUGUAAACAAGGGUUGUUAGAUGCAACUUUUCAAUA